ACUAAAACAGACUCAAAAACCCUUCUCUCUCCACCGGACCGGAGCUUCCCCUCUCUCUCUACUCCUCCCGUCCUCCGUCUACAAUGCUCAGUCGCCUCAUUUCCAGAUCCUCCUCCCACCUCCGUUUCCUAACCCUAAUCUCUUCCCCAACCCACUUCUCAACUCCCAAAACCCCAUUCACAAACCCUAACUCCAAUUUCCCCCUCUCCGCCCCCCGAUCUUUCUCCACCAAUCGAAACAACGACGGAAGCGAUUACCCCACUCCGAAGAUCGAUUUGUGGAAGCUCUCCACGGAUAAUGAAGAAGAAUCCGUGUUCGAAGAAGACGCCGGAGGAACUCUCGAAGGAAUCUCCGGCCAGGACGCGAAACCGGCGGAGGAGGAGUCGUGGUUGAGAUCUCCUGCGGCGGAUGGGGGCGACGCGGAGGAUGAUAUUUUCAAGGGGGUUGAGAAGGAGGUGGAGGUGGGGGGUAAGAGUGGAGAGCCGGCGACGGUGGACGGGCCGUGGAGUUUGGGGGGAGGAGAGGAUAAGGUUGAUGACGUGUUUGGUUUCGGCGACGACGACUUGUUUGAGCUGAGAAGGGUGGAAUUGGGUGAAAGAGUGGAGAUUGGGAAGAGUGAAGAGGAGAGGAGGCUUGAGGAGAAGGUUGAAGAGGAGAGGAGGCUUAAGGAGGAAGAGAAAGUGCUUUCUGAUGUACUCAAAGGUCCAAAUCGUGCAUUUGGUGACCUAGUUGCAGCAUCUGGUAUCACAGAAGAAAUCCUGGAUAGUCUGAUGGCUCUCAAGGAUAUGGAUGGCAUUAAAGGAUUGCCGCCUCUUGCAGAAAUAGAAGACAUGCGCUAUGCAAGAACUACACGAAAGUCGACAAGAGCUGAAAUAGAGCGCCAAAAACAGGAGGAAGUUGCCAAUGCAAGAGUGAGACAAGUGGAUGAAAAAGGGAGGGCUUAUGGCACAGGAAGAAGGAAAUGCAGCAUUGCCCGUGUUUGGAUUCAACCUGGAGAUGGUAGAUUUGUAGUUAAUGAGAAAGAGUUUGAUGUCUAUUUCCCAAUGCUUGAUCAUCGUGCUGCUCUUCUGCGACCUUUUUCUGAGACCAAGACUUUGGGUCUGUGGAACAUUGAUUGUACUGUGAAAGGAGGUGGUGUCUCAGGUCAAGUUGGGGCAAUUCAAUUAGGGAUCAGCAGAGCCUUGCAAAACUGGGAACCAGAUCUACGUCCACCUCUCAGAUCAGCUGGUUUCCUGACAAGGGACCCUAGAGUUGUGGAAAGGAAAAAACCGGGACAAGCAAAAGCCAGAAAGAGCUUCCAGUGGGUCAAGCGUUGAUUGAUGGCUGGAAGAUCUUAUUCGGACAGUUUUGAUCGACGCAUUGUCACAUUGCCUCCUUGCAGUAAGGUGUUGAUAUCCUAUCAGAUAACAUGUCAUCUCUCCUGUAGUGUAGCCUGUAAGCCAGAGUUCUUGCUGAUACUAUGCAUGCCAAUGAAGACUUCAUUUUCCUAAAGUAUGUGAUCACUCGAGCUAUUUUGGCCAAGAAAAUGUCUCUACCGGAUGAGCUUGUCGCUGUAUUUGAUGCCUUGAGGAUGUAGAUUUUUUUCGUUGCUUAUACUGUACCUUGCUUUGUUUGACAUUGACUUGAAAGGUUGCUUUGUUUGACGUCGACAUAAAAGGUUGUGUUGAAGGAAUAUCAAUUGAAUAAAAUUAUUGGGAAAUUGCUUCCUUUCUUCAA